AUGGCAGAGACACUUCCUGAGAAGGUCGGUUCGGCGGUAGCAGCAGCGCAAGCCGACGAGAGCGGCUCCGCAGCAGCAACAGGAGCAGCAGGGGAAGAUGCAGGAUUGGGAGGCCAAUACACGAAACCGUUCCCGCCCCCACCCCCUGAGGUCAAAGAAAUGGCAAUGGAGCAGGAAAGAGAAAGGGAGAGAGGCGUAGUAGCAGUGAAGGUGGUGCUGACACUCCAGACACUCCAGGUGGAGCCGGAGAAGACUGGAGGCAGACGCAGCCGAAGAAAAGGGGCUGCAGAAAAAGCAGAAAAGGGGAAAAGAUGUAGAAAUAUAGGCCAAGUCGACGAAGCAAUCAGAGAAUGGCAGCUGUCGCUCAAGAUUUGCUUCUCACUCGCCUGCCGAGGGCCCCACAUGGGCCAGGAACUCAUUCCCCUGGAGCUGCCGUUACACCUCAAUUUGGCUGCAGCUGCACUCAAAACUGGAGAAGCUCACACAGCCAUUCAUCACUGCACCAGAGCGUUGCAGCUGAAGAAGACGCACCCCAAGGCGCUCUACAGGCUUGCCAAGGCGCAUCUUAUGGUCAAUGAUUUUCAAGACGCUUCAGAAGCAGCAGAAUUGCUGCUGCAGGUGCAGCCAGGUGACCCUUUGGCUCUGUCACUGCAGCAGGAGAUAGCACGGGAACGGGAAUUGCACAAGAUCCAGCAGCGACGGCUGAUGCGAAAAAUGAUGGGCGUCAGAACCAAGAGCAGCAGCAGCAAGGGCAACACCAGCAACACCAGCAGCACGGACAGCGGCACUUGCAACGCAUCUUGUACCCCGUCGAAAGAAGCUGAUGAUCCCAGCAUCAAGACCUCCAGCAACACAAGCAGCAGCAGCAACACAAGCAGCAGCAGCAGCAACACGAGCAGCACCAGCAGCAGCAGCAACGCAGACAGCAGCAACAGCUUCAUAUGGGACAUACAGUGGCGCGAUGAUGACCAAGACACCUCUUUGUGGCUCCGUCCGCACUCUCUAGAGUACUUGUCUGAGGAAUGCAAUUUCCCUUUGACUCGCUCUCUCCCCCUCACGCUGCUGUCAGCCCUGCACCAGCUGCAGCUGCAACAGCAGCAGCAGCAGCAGAAUCAAGCUUUGCCCGAUUUGAAGAAGGGUACACUCUGCCUCCAUAUUUUGGGGGCCUCAGCACAUCAUGAGUUGAGCUGCCGCUUCACUUCCAUCUUGGAGAGGUGGCCGCAGCUGAAAACCCUCAUAAUUCUCUUUGUAGGAUUUACUCAAGGGGGGCCCAACCCCACUAAGUUUGAAGAAGACCUCGUCAAGGGAGAGCUGUCUCCCCCACACUGUGUCAAAGUCGAUGGACGAGAGCAGGUCGCUGUUUUCUUCAAAGGCACUUACUCGGAUUUGGCGAAGAAAGUCCCCGGCAUUCUCUCCAACCCCAAAUGUACUUUCUUUCCAGAUAUAGCACUUUUCAGCACCCUAGGGGCACUCCAGGAGCCCUCCAAAGGUACUGAGGCCACAGCAGAUGGGCCAGACACCCUAUCUGAGGCGACACUGGAGACACUGCGUCUCCUUAUAGACAACAAUGUGCUAACGGUUAUCACAGAGAGCAAUUUAUGCACGGCGGAAGAUGUUGCUGCAUAUUCAUCAGUGGCAGCAGCAAGAACAGCCGCAGCACCGCCACUGCCACCCAGCAGGGGCGCACCAGUGGUUGAGCAGCUAGGUGGCCUGCUACUGCUGCCCCCCGAACGCAGCAGAUUCCCGCUGCUCCUGGAGCUGCCCUCGGCAGCAGACGGAGCCAAAGCUGCGAAUUUUGCUGCUCGGAAUGCUGCUGCUGCUGCUGAUGCAGCUGCAGCUGCAGCGGAAAGAGCCAAGGGGAAAGCCUCCCCGGAGGCUGUUGCUGCAGCAGAAGCAGCAGCCAAGAAGGCAGCAGCAGACACUGCUGCUGCUGCUGCUGCUGCUGAGCUAGCUGCUGCUGCUGCUGCUGAUGCAGAGUCGAAGGCCGUCAAGCAGCACGUGGCAUGCGCCAAACACGGAAGCUUUUUUGCAUUCAAAGGCCGUGACCCUCGGGCUACUGGUGCUGCCGGAGCUGCCAUGCCGUAG